UAAUGUUUUGUAACAGAAAUGGACUCCUUUUCAAGUGGUGUAGGAAGCAAAUCGAAGCCAUGCACCAAGUUUUUCAGCACCGCUGGUUGUCCAUUCGGUGAAAGUUGCCAUUUUCUUCAUUAUGUGCCUGGUGGUUAUAAUGCUGUCGCCCAGAUGAUGAAUUUAGCACCUCCUGUACCUCUACCAUCUAGAAACAUGGGGAAUCAAGCUCAUACACUUAAUGGCUCUUCUGCAUCUUCAGUCAAAACAAGAGUAUGCAACAGGUUUAACUCUGCUGAAGGCUGCAAAUUUGGUGACAAAUGCCAUUUUGCUCAUGGUGAGUGGGAAAUUGGCAAGGUUGUUGCUCCAUCUCCUGACGAUCCCCGACCCAUGCCUCCUAUGCCAAAUUGUUACAGUGGUCGGAUGGAGCCACCCCAACCGCCUCCAGGCCCUGCUUCUAGCUUUGGUGCAUCAGCCACUGCAAAAAUCAGCGUAGAUGCUUCCCUCGCUGGAGCUAUCAUUGGAAAGGGUGGUGUAAACUCGAAGCAGAUAUGUCGCCAGACUGAAGCUAAGCUUGCUAUUAGAGAGCACGAGUCAGAUCCAAACCUCAAAAACAUUGAACUAGAGGGUACUUUUGAACAGAUCAAGGAAGCAAGUGCGAUGGUGAGAGAGCUAAUUGUUAAUGUUUCAAUGAGUGGCCCAGGUAAACCCUCUGGAGGCCCUGACCAUGGACAUGGGCAUGGACAUGGUGGACAUGGCCAUGGUCAUGGUCCUGGUGGUCAGAGUCAUGGUCCUGGUUGUCAGAAUCAUGGCCCUUCAGGAAACAACUAUAAGACAAAGCUGUGUGAUAAUUUUACUAAAGGAACUUGUACCUUUGGAGAUAGAUGUCACUUUGCACAUAGGGCUACUGAAUUGCGGAAGACUGGACUGUGAGGCUGAAACUCAGAGUUGUGGUCUUGGAUAAUUCUGUGCUAGAAACUCAUAGAGAUCUUGUAUUUGUAGUUCUAUAAUUGACCUUGUGAAAUGCAACUUAUUUUGACGAGAAUAUAUUGAGUUUUUUUUUGGUUCUCAUUCUUUCCUUAUGCCCAACCCCAAUACUCUCCCAUAUGCGAAAUUUGCCUUAUUAACAACAUAAAAAAAAUGUUAAAUUAGCAAAAUUACUACAUUCAAUUUACCUUUUGUGAGUAUAAUGGUCGUAUAGUGUAUA